ACCUUCAGCAGAUAAUAAAGUUUAGCUAAUUAAACAUGGUCUUAUCCUUCACCCAUCCCAUUAUUAUGGGAGUACUGUGGGCUACCAUCCUCGUUUCCAUUGCCACAAGUAUGUCAACAGCAGAGCAGUCGCCAUUGGAGUUUGAAGCCAAAGCCGUGUUAGAGAGUGGAUGGUGGAGUGGGUAUCACAACAUUUCACAACGUUGCGAGUGGCACGGUAUCUCAUGCAACCCUGCUGGAAGCAUCACCAAAAUUGAUCUUAGUGAUCGUCGGCUUGGUGGAAAAAUCCCGCCUGGAAUAGGUUAUCUAUCGGCAUUGGAGUACCUUGGCUUGUCCAAUUGUGAUUUAUCUGGUGAGUUACCUCCUCCUCUUUGUAAUUUAGAAGCCUUAUUUGCAUUAUUCCUCUCCCAAAACAGAUUGAUUGGUUCCAUCCCAUCUUGUGUUGGUAAUUUGUACAACUUGACUUUCUUAGAUCUUCAUUCAAAUCAAUUACAAGGUUCAAUUCCAUCAGAUAUUGGGAAUUUAGAAGCACUAGAAUCAUUAGACCUCUCCCAGAACAGAUUGAAUGGUUCCAUCCCCUCUCAGAUUGCCAUGCUUUAUAGGUUGUCAUAUUUAAACCUCACCUUCAACCAACUCUCCGGUUAUGUCCCUAAUUUGUAUGCUACUAAGCUUCUUAUUGUCGAUAAUAGUAAUGACUGUUACACGAUUUAUCCUGAUCCUUUUCAAGGAAACAAGGGCUUAUCGCCUUGUAUGAAUUCUUCGGUAACCAACAAUGCCAAAAACAAUAAAAGUCCUCCCUAUAUCGAAAUAUGCCUCCCUAUUGCCAUCUUUUCUACUUUCUCCAUUCUUGGUUGUUUGUUCUUUUCACGGUUUAAGGCCAAUAAUAAACCUGUUGGAGGACGACCGACAAAGAACGGGGACAUAUGUUCCAUAUGGAACUACGAUGGAAAGAUAGCAUACGAGGAUAUCAUCGCAGCAACAGAGGAUUUCGACUUUCGUUACUGUAUUGGAGUCGGUGGUUAUGGAAGCGUUUACAGAGCCCAACUCCCUUGUGGAAAAGUUGUUGCCUUGAAGAAACUUCAUCGUUUAGAAGCUGAAAAUCCUGCUUUCGACAAGAGUUUCAGGAACGAGAUCAAGUUUCUAACAGAGAUACGACAUCGAAAUAUUGUGAAGCUUCAUGGAUUUUGUCUGCACCGACGCUCCAUGUUCUUGAUCUACGAAUACAUGGAGAAAGGGAGCUUAUUUUACAACCUAAGAGAUGAAGUGGAAGCAGUGGAAAUGGAUUGGACGAAAAGAAUUGAGAUCAUCAAAGGCAUGGCGCAUGCUUUGUGUUACUUGCACCAUGAUUGCACCCCUCCUAUAGUUCAUCGAGACAUAUCAAGCAACAAUGUUCUGUUGAACUCGAGCUUUCAAGUCUUUGUGGCCGACUUUGGAACUGCUAGAAUGUUGGAUCUUGAUUCAUCUAAUCACACCAUUCUAGUUGGAACCCGUGGCUAUAUAGCUCCAGAACUUGCCUAUACAAUGAAUGUCAACGAAAAAUGUGAUGUGUAUAGUUUUGGAGUAGUGACACUGGAAACAUUGAUGGGAAAGCAUCCAGAAGAAGUGUUGUCGCAGUUGUCAUCACCAUCUUCUUUGGUGAGUAUGAAGUUAAUUGAUGUGUUAGACAAUCGUUUACCAGUUCUGACAAGCCAGCUUGUUGCACAAAAUCUUGUUCAAGUUGCUACGUUGGCGUUUGCUUGCUUAAAUCAACAACCGAAGCUACGGCCAACAAUGAAAGAAGUGUGCAAAGAGUUCCUUUGUCGCCAAACAUCCUUGAAAGUUCCCCUUCGGAUGAUUUCUUUGUUUCAACUCAUGAAUAAUGAAAUGCAUAUAAGAGAAAGUUCUGAAACUUGUCGUGUAUAAAAUCUUCAAGGGAUGUUUCAAUAAAGAGUCGCU